ACCUAACAGUGUCCUUGGGAGCGUGGUAACUACGGAUAACUAGGUGUCAGACGUUAGCUAUGUCUGUUUCGAAGACCCCGGGUGGAAAAGCAUUAGAUAUCUUAAGAACAUUACCAAGGAUAACAUUAGCAAACCUUCGACCCAACCCUGGAUCGAAGAAAGCUGAAAGGAGACGAGGCAGAGGUGCUCACGGAGGAGGUAAAUGUGGCAGAGGUCACAAAGGAGAGAGGCAGCGAGGCAACCGUCCUCGUUUAGGGUUUGAGGGGGGACAGACCCCUUUUUACCUGGUAAUUCCCAAGUACGGAUACAAUGAAGGCCACAGUCGGCGGCCUCAGUAUCAUCCCUUAAGUCUCAAAAGACUGCAGUAUUUGAUAGAUCUUGGCAGAGUGGACCCCUCACAACCAAUUGACCUCACGCAGCUGGUGAAUGGCAGAGGGGUGACAGUGCAGCCACAGAAGAGAGACUAUGGAGUGCAGCUUGUGGAUGAGGGUGCUGAUAUCUUUGCGGCAAAAGUCAACAUUGAGGUUCAGAUUGCUUCUGAGUCGGUAAUAGCGGCCAUAGAAAGAAAUGGUGGUGUCAUUACAACAAGUUUCUUUGAUCCAAGAAGUCUGUCAAUCCUGUGUAAACCUGUUCCAUUCUUCCUGAGAGGUCAGCCUAUCCCAAAGCGAAUGCUCCCGGGGGAAGACAUGGUUCCUUACUACACAGACGCCAAAAACCGUGGUUACCUGGCAGAUCCAGACCAGGUUCAGCAGGCCAGGCUAGAACUGGCCCAGAAGUAUGGAUAUGUCCUACCAGACAUUACCAAGGAUGAGCUGUACAGCAUGCUCACAAUGAGGAAGGACCCACGUCAGAUUUUCUUUGGCCUUUCGCCUGGCUGGGUGGUCUGCAUGCCAGAGAAAAAGAUUCUAAAAACGACAGAUGAGAAGCUGCUCAGAUAUUACGGUUCUUGAAAAACAUUACAAAAGAAAAAUAGUGCUAAAAUGUAAACUACUGUUGGCAUUGUAAUAAAACUUUUUUUUGUUGCUGUUAAUACCAAUAUCCAUGAGAAAUUAAAAAUUUUGCUGUAAAAUUCUUAAUCAAAGGACAUGUCUAGACAAGUUCUUUGUUGUUAUGCUACUUCAUCUGCUGCAUGCAGUUCUGUAGCAGUUCUUAGACACAGGAUGCAACAAGGUAAACAGGAGCCAAAGAGUACAUUGUGAAGUAAUGCACUAGAGGAAGAACUUGAGCAACAAGAGCCUCAUUAAUAUAAUGAUUCAGAUAUGGUGGUUACUCACUUCCACAGUUUGCCCCUCAGCUGCAGAUGAAAGUAGUGUAAUAAAUUGGCUUGGGAGGCCAGGCUAAUCACUUAAAAAAGAGAAAUAGAUUUGAUGGAAGGAACAUUGGCGCUAUCCAGGUGAAAGGGAAAUAAGGAAAAUAAGAUAACUCUAUGAAUCAAAACAGGAAACAGAUGCCCAGUGAUGUGUAUUACAUGGUAAAUGGUGUUCCUUGGCUGAAAAGGGGGAAUAUGAAAUUAGUCAUAGGCAGCUGUAUCCUGGCUAGGGCUUUCAGACGAUAUACAGCCUCCCCCCUCAGCACACAAUUACAGCUACACAUGCUCACAAAGGCAUCCCUUUUAUGCCUUUGAGUUCAGAUCAGCUACCAGGUGAUUUCCAUGGAGCAACAUUAAUAAGGUAUUUCAAAAAUGCAUUUAUAAUGACCAGUGUGCGGAAAUUCCUUCCUUGCACCUCUGAAAAAGGAUGAACUGUUGUCUUCCAAAAAAUGACUGAUGACAUA